GGGAACGUGAAGUCUCCGCGGUGCCUGAUGGGGCUGUUCGGUGGCGGGUAGCUGUUGCCUCUGGGGGUCCCUUAGUUACUGCCGCCGCUGUCCUUGCCGCCUCAUGGCGGCCAUCGGAGUCCACCUGGGCUGCACAUCAGCCUGUGUGGCCGUCUAUAAGGAUGGCCGGGCUGGUGUGGUUGCAAAUGAUGCAGGUGAUAGAGUUACUCCAGCUGUUGUUGCUUACUCAGAAAACGAAGAGGUGGUGGGAUUGGCAGCAAAACAAAGUAGAAUAAGAAAUAUUUCAAAUACAGUAAUGAAAGUAAAGCAGAUCCUUGGCAGAAGCUCUGAUGACCCACAAGCUCAGAAAUACAUCAUGGAAAGUAAAUGUUUAGUUGUUGAGAAAAAUGGGAAAUUACGAUAUGAAAUAGAUACCGGAGAAGAAACAAAAUUUGUUAAUCCAGAAGAUGUUGCCAGACUGAUAUUUAGUAAAAUGAAAGAAACAGCUCAUUCUGUCUUGGGCUCAGAUGCAAAUGAUGUAGUUAUUACUGUUCCCUUUGACUUUGGAGAAAAACAAAAAAAUGCUCUUGGAGAAGCAGCUGGAGCUGCUGGAUUUAAUGUUUUGCGUUUAAUACAUGAGCCAUCUGCAGCUCUUCUUGCUUAUGGAAUCGGACAAGACUCCCCUACUGGAAAAAGCAAUAUUUUGGUAUUUAAGCUUGGAGGAACAUCCUUAUCUCUCAGUGUCAUGGAAGUUAACAGUGGAAUGUAUCGGGUUCUUUCAACAAACACUGAUGAUAACAUCGGUGGUGCACAUUUCACAGAAACCUUAGCACAGUAUCUAGCUUCUGAGUUCCAGAGGUCCUUCAAACAUGAUGUGAGGGGAAAUGCCCGAGCCAUGAUGAAACUGAUGAACAGUGCUGAAGUCGCAAAACAUUCUUUGUCAACCUUAGGAAGUGCCAAUUGUUUCCUUGACUCCUUAUAUGAAGGUCAAGAUUUUGAUUGCAAUGUGUCUAGAGCAAGAUUUGAGCUUCUUUGUUCUCCUCUUUUUAAUAAAUGUAUAGAAGCAAUACGAGAACUCUUAGAUCAAAGUGGAUUUACAGCAGAUGAUAUCAACAAGAUUGUCCUUUGUGGAGGGGCUUCUCGAAUGCCAAGGCUACAGCAACUGAUUAAAGAUCUUUUCCCAGCUGUUGACCUUCUCAAUUCUAUCCCUCCUGAUGAGGUCAUCCCUAUUGGUGCAGCUAUAGAAGCAGGAAUUCUUAUUGGGAAAGAAAAUGUAUUAAUGGAAGACUCUCUAAUGAUAGAGUGUUCGGCCAAAGAUAUUUUAGUUAAGGGAGUGGAUGAGUCAGGAGCCAACAGAUUCACGGUACUCUUUCCAUCAGGGACUCCUUUGCCAGCUCGAAGACAACACACAUUACAAGCCCCUGGAGAUAUAUCUUCUGUAUGCCUCGAACUCUAUGAGUCUGAGGGGAAGAACUGUGCAAAAGAGGAAUCCAAGUUUGCCCAGGUUGUACUCCAGGAUUUAGAUAAAAAAGAGAAUGGAUUACGUGAUAUAUUAGCUGUUCUUACUAUGAAAAGGGAUGGAUCUUUACAUGUGACGUGCACAGAUCAAGAGACUGGAAAAUGUGAAGCGAUCACUAUUGAGGUUGCAUCUUAAUGUUUUAGAUAACCCAAGCCUUUUUUAGAACUAGAAUAUCAAUAUUACUUGGUUUUGUGUAUAAGCAAUGUUUUUAUUAAAAUACUUUUCCAAUAAA